UCCGUUACAACACAGCGAUCAGGCGGCGGUAAAAGUGGGGACUGGCUCUCACUGUUCGUCGACUAAGGUGGCUCCGGCUGCCCUGUCGUUUUUAAAACACUCUAUACCGCGGGUUCAUUUCUCCCCGAUUGCGCGUCGCGCCGGACACUGGCUGAAUCCUAGGACGAAAAGGGACAAAGGAACCACCAGGUUACGUGUCGCCAGAUCACCAGCGCCGCUAGGAUGCUGACCGAACUGGAAACAUUGAACUCCUACAGGAACCUCACCUGCGACGAGGAAUAUGUGCCUUCCGCGAUCGAAUACAUAGAAAGUUUAGGCUCUUUCGGGAUAGGUUUACUGAGUACAGGUGCGGUACUCUCCACGUUGACCCUUUACUUCUCCGUAGAUGCUUGCCACAACAUUUUCUACCAAAAGGAGUCCAGAUUUUACAAGACCAACAGCAUCAUGAUCCUUUUGGUGUAUCCAAUCGCCAGUGUCUGCAGUUUGACUGCAUUAGGGAUACCAAGGACGCAGUUGCUGUCAGAGGCGGUUAUUCAAAUCUUCUUAAUGACUGUUCUGUACCGGCUCUAUCUGUUGCUGGUCUACCUCGGUCGCAAAAAGGUCAUGACGUCACCGCGGUUGAAGCUGAAUGUCGGACCCUGUUGCUGCUGGCCCUGUCUGCCCUUUCCGAAGCUAGUAAUGACCGACGCCAAUUUGUCCUGGAUCAGACUGCUAGUCCUCCAGCUCCCUAUUAUCCAGACGCUGAGUUGUUGCAUACUGCUGUUCAUGUCGAUCGAAGAGCCAAGCCUGGCAAAUGAAUAUGGCAUCUGGCUGCAGCCGUUCGCUGUGACUAGCAUACUUCUCGGAAUAUACGGGCUAACCAUUACCGUGAAGAGUCUGCAGGAAGUCGCUCCAGAGGCGAAACUCGCGCACAGAGCUGCGGUGUCCCAGAUGGUGUUGCUGUUCUCGAAGCUGCAGGGGUUCAUUGUGAAGAGUCUGUCGCAAACGGGCCUGUUUCCAUGCAAUCCGCCAAUUACGCCGCAGAUCUAUGCGAAUGUUACCUACGAUGCCCUGAUGCUAAUCGAGAUGCUGUUGCUCUGCUACAUCGCGAGGUACGUUUAUUACGUGGACUUGGAAAGGGUGGAGGACAUAUCGGCCGAGGCGACAGAUCGGCCGAGAGACAAGAGCACGGAACAAGCGGACGCAACGAAUAACAACGAGGCCAGUAAGCAACCGUCCUCGUUGACCGUUAUGGAUUUCGCUUCUAAAUUCGGCGUUGUCCCGAAUGUCCAAAUAACGAGCUUGAACAAUAGCAAUCACAUAUAAAUCGUUCAUAUUUCGAGCCUGGUGAUCGUUAUUUUCCCAAAGAUCAAUGGACAUUGGUCUUGAACAAGAUCAAUAUUUGAAUCGUUGUGUCAAGUACAGUGAACGUUAUUUUCUUAAAGAUCAAUGAAAACUGGUCAUUGAUGAGGUCGCUGCUUAAACUGUUCGUACGUUAAUCAUAGUGAAAAUUGGUUUUGAAAGAAUCGACGAAAUCAAUCUAAGUUAUUGUUUUAAACCGAGGCUGAUCCAUUUUAUUUAAAUUUAAACGACUAUUUCUUCUUGUACAAGAUUGAUGGAAAGAUUGACUUAAGAAGCUUUUGGUCUCACAAUAUUUGACUUUAUCCGAGAGACUGCGUUUUGAAAGCAGUAUAGAGAAAUAACCGAAUUAUAUUUGUAGUGGUACUAUAUUUGACAGUAGAGUGAUGGGCGUUGCGGAAGGUUUUGUUACCAAAUUUGAAUGACUAAGCGCAUUUUAUCAGAGUCAUAUUCCUAACAGUAACGGUUAGAGUAGUUUAUAAAAUGGAAUGAUACCUGUCUGUUUAUCGUAUGUUCAUAAAAUAUCGUGUAAAUAUAUGAAUGAAGAUCGACGGAGAACCUACUUGUAUAUUACAUAUUGCCUACUUAUCUUUUUACUUUUCCCUUCCGUAUCACCUUGCUACAGUAUUAAGCAAAUCAGAACUAAAUCUCACAAUAUAGAAUGAUUCAAUAGCAAUGAUUCUUUCUCUAUAACUCGACCACAGAGAAAAUAAGGGAAACAAG